AUCCGGCCCGCGGUGCGCGCGCAGGUCGUUGCGUCGGUCGGGGGCGCGCUCGGGUAACCUGUACCCCACGUAGUCGCCGGUUACCGAUCGGACUAAGUUCCAGCAGUGGUGACUUACAGGUCAAGUUAAAAUGUCCCCAGAAGUGGCCUUGAACCGAAUCUCUCCAAUGCUCUCCCCAUUCAUAUCUAGUGUGGUCCGGAAUGGAAAAGUGGGACUGGAUGCUACGAACUCUCUGAGGAUAACUGACUUGAAGUCUGGCUGCACAUCAUUGACUCCCGGACCCAAUUGUGACCGAUUUAAACUGCAUAUACCAUAUGCUGGAGAGACGUUAAAAUGGGAUAUCAUUUUCAAUGCCCAAUACCCAGAGCUGCCCCCCGAUUUUAUCUUUGGAGAGGAUGCUGAGUUCCUGCCAGACCCCUCAGCCCUGCAGAACCUUGCCUCCUGGAAUCCUUCAAAUCCUGAAUGUCUCUUGCUUGUGGUGAAGGAGCUUGUGCAACAGUAUCACCAGUUCCAAUGUAGCCGCCUCCGUGAGAGCUCUCGCCUCAUGUUUGAAUACCAGACAUUACUGGAAGAGCCACAGUAUGGAGAGAACAUGGAAAUUUAUGCUGGGAAAAAAAACAACUGGACUGGUGAAUUUUCAGCUCGUUUCCUUUUGAAGUUGCCGGUGGAUUUCAGCAAUAUUCCCACAUACCUCCUCAAGGAUGUAAAUGAAGACCCUGGAGAAGAUGUGGCCCUCCUUUCUGUCAGUUUUGAGGACACUGAAGCUACCCAGGUGUACCCCAAACUGUACUUGUCACCCCGAAUUGAGCAUGCACUUGGAGGCUCCUCAGCUCUUCAUAUCCCAGCUUUUCCGGGAGGAGGAUGUCUCAUUGAUUAUGUUCCUCAAGUAUGUCACCUGCUUACCAACAAGGUGCAGUAUGUGAUUCAAGGAUAUCACAAAAGAAGAGAGUACAUUGCUGCUUUUCUCAGUCACUUUGGCACAGGUGUCGUGGAAUAUGAUGCAGAAGGCUUUACAAAACUCACUCUGCUGCUGAUGUGGAAAGAUUUUUGUUUUCUUGUACACAUGUCUCCCCAGGCCGUCACUCCUUUCCUCCCCAGGCUGUUUGCUACUAUCUCAGUGUCACUGCCCACACUCUUGGCUCUUCUGGUAGACAAGACUUUUUCUAUGGAUCCAGGGAUUUUGAUGCUGUUUCUGGCUCCAUCACUCACUCACAGCCUGUUUUUAAUUGACCUGCCCUUGUUUUUUCCUCGAGACCAGCCGACUCUCACAUUUCAGUCUGUCUAUCACUUUACCAACAGUGGACAGCUUUACUCUCAGGCCCAAAAAAAUUAUCCAUACAGCCCCAGAUGGGAUGGAAAUGAAAUGGCCAAAAGAGCAAAGGCUUAUUUCAAAACCUUUGUCCCUCAGUUCCAGGAGGCAGCGUUUGCCAAUGGAAAGCUCUAGGAAACACCAGUGUUGAGAGGGGGCCAGCCAGACUGCUCAGUCCACAUGCGUGUCAGCACACAUGGCGCUUCCUGGAAUGUCCUCAUGGCAGCGUCCUGCUCACACAGCAGCCUAGCAUGCCCCAGACAGCCCGAGCUCUGCUGGGACCCAAACUCAAGCUGGCCAGUGGUACCUGAAGCCUGGAGCCCCUCACUUCUGGUUGCUCCCUCUUUCCUUCCUUCAUUAGAUUUCUUUGUUGGAAGAAAUAAACUCAAAAAUUAUGAUGCCGUAAUUUUCCAAGGAAAGUAAGACAUCAUAAAUGCAAACGCCCUUCUUCCAAAGCCUUUGUCUCAGACUUCUUUUAAGUUUUAAGAUUAAACACCACUUGGCUUUUUGUUUUCCCUGAAA